ACCAUCUGAGUAAGAUUUUCACCAGCUCAAGGUGUGUGUUCUGUGCUGGGCUGGAGCAUAAGAGAUGCCAAAUAGCAGAGAAGCCACAUGUCUCCUGGGUUUGGUGUGAUGUCUUCUAACUUCACCUGUAGACAAAAUAGGUCCUUCACCUGUUCACCAGAGGUGAACAAGAAAAGAUACUCAAAAUAAUCAGGUUUUUUUAAUUGCUCAGAGUGUACAUAUUUUAAAAGCAAACUAGACCCUUCAGAGCAAGCAUUUGUCUAACGUUGAGCCUGAUUUGGAACUUGCCUUAAAGUGAAAGUAAGUUUUGCUCCACAGUCUGCUUUGUGGUUUUUAGUCUUCUCCUUUCACACCUUUUUGUGGUCUUUAACAAGUCAUUGUCUAUAAAUCUGAAACUGGAUGAAGCUGCUGCUUCACUGAAGAACUGUUCCUGCUACUCCAGGGCAAGCAGAGCCUUCUGCCCCUGGAGUUUGUGCUCAUUACUACCGAGUUCAUUACUGUUGUCCUCAUUAUUCUUGAGCCUGGGCACCAUGGACCACGGUAAGGUGUUUUGCUGGGCUGAAGCCCAUCACUGCUCAUUAUUAGGCCUCCUCACACCUGCACACUUACUUGCCAGAUGAGUUAAAGCAUUCAGUUCCUAUAAAGAAAUUGUAUUUAGUGGGAAAUCCAGCAGAAGACUACGUUUCAGUUGGUGAUGGUUUCCUUACCCUUUCUCCCACUAGUCUGAGGAUUCAGGGUUCUCAAGUAAUGACUCACUUCAGAAGGAAAAAAAAAAAAAAAAAAAGAGCUGGAUUCCAGUAAUGGCUGGCUUUUAAAUGGAAGAUCUGAAGCAUAAGACAGUCAGAUCCCUCUGGAAGGAAGUGGUGGAUGCUCUGCAUCAAGAGAGAGUGGAGGAAACUUGCUGAGUUUCUUUAUGUGGAAAAGAGAGGAGACCAGGCUCAAGUGGAUGCUACCUGCUGGAAUUUUUUCCCAUUUGGAUAUGGAAAGCAGGAUAGAAAGAAUCUUGAAAAGGCUGGCUCAUGAGAUUCCUUGAGCCCAUCUUGCUCUGUGAGUGCAAGAGUCAUUUUCCCUGUGCCUAUCCAUGAAACUCAACAGUGAACACCCAAAGCAGAAAACAAAAGGUAAUUUAUGUUUCUCCUCGCCAGUCUGGUAUGUUUAAGGACUGGUUCUUUCCAGCUAGGAUGUGUUCAAUUGUUUCUGUAACGUUCUUUCUAACUGUGAACUCCAAGUCCUUCAGGACUAAAAAUGUGGGAGAGACUAAAACCAAAGCAUGAUGCUUCAUCUAUCUUGCCACAGGCUGCCAGGCUUUGGUGCUUGAUGGUUUUGAGCCUCUGAUCUUUGCUUUGGGUCUGGGAGCAGCAGCUUUGGGAGACAAACAGCCCCUAUAUUAGAGCAAAGAAGGCAUCUAAAAGUUUAGAUUAAGACAGUGGCCAUCUUGGCUGCUUCCUGGAUAGCUCUGCUGGGUUGUUGCUUGGAGCUAAACCAACCAUAAAUGAUCAUUUACAUGCUGCAUUCAAAAGAUAGAUUUAGUCAGCUGCCCUAGAAUAAGUGCCUUGGGAGCUCUGUGGGGUGUGCAUGGUUGUUUGCUUUUGGUUUUACUGCUUUGAACUGCCUUUGAGCACUAGGUAAAUGGAAACCUGUGCUUGGAUGUCUGCAUGGGUAUGGAGCAUCCCUAAUCUGAAAACCCUGGGAUUUGUGAGCAUAUCAGUUACCUCAAAAAUUAAACCAGCAGCCGCCUGAAGUAACAAGGUACAAUAUGUGAGUCCUUCCUGUCUCAUGGAGGACAUUUUUCACAGUACCCUUAAAUUUAUCUCCACAAUCUCUGUCCCAUUUAACUGUCCCAUACUGAUACAGUAAAGUCUUUUACUUAACUCAAACCAGUUUGCAAUUGCAUUUUCCAUUAAAGGAAAAUGUUCCUCUCACUGGAGGCUCAGCACCUGAUGAGCCAACCUGCUCCUGGGAUUUGAAAUUCAGAGGGCAAUGGUGCAGGAUUUGUAGAGCAGCUGCAUCCUGGGUCAGAGAUGGUGUUUAGUCCUCUGCCUUGUGAAUCUGGACAGGAGUUGGGGGAGCUGCUGUUAAUCCUCAGCUUUCCAGCUGUGCAAGGGAAAGGUCACGGAAUCACAGAAUAUCCUGGACUGGAAGGCACCCACCAGGAUCACAGGGUCCAACUCCUGGCCCUGCACAGACACUCCAGCAAUCCCACCCUGUGCCUGAAAGUGUUGUCCCAGUGCUCCUGGAGCUCUGGCAGCCUUGGGGCUGUGCCCAUUCCCUGAGGAGCCUGUUCCAGGUGAGUGUGUUUAAAAUGGGAUGUAUUUGAAACUGCAGAAUGGGAAGUGGGGCAAUUUCUCCCAACUUGUCUGUUCAGGAAAUGGGGAACAGGUGAUAGGGUUUGGGACAGAUCUGCAAAUAGCUUUAUAUAAUUUUUACUCAAACUCUUGAAGGGUUUGAGGUUUUUCUCAUGGGUUAAGCAGUUCAUUUUCUGCUGGUAAAAACUGAGGGCAUGUGGCACUCAUGUGUGGUAGGUGGUCAAACUCUCCCUUGUCAGAUUGAACUUUAAAACCUUUUUCAAACUAAACAUUGCCUCUUUUUUUCCUACUCUUUGCUUAACCUUCAGCAGCUGGUCAUCAGCCUUUGGCCUUAGCAUCCUACUCCCCUCCCACCAUCCCCUGCUGCUGUCUCAGCUCUGUUUGAGCACAGAAAUCCAGUGGGAAAACAGCUUUGGGCUCAAGCAAGACUGUUCCCUCAAAAAUUUGCAUUUACCUCCUAAAAGCAGAAGGCUGGAGGUACAAGGGGCAGGACCAUGCAUCUGUUCCUGCUGUGCCUGCUCAGUGUCUGGGGGCUGGCUGCCCCGGAGCACUACGCCGUGGAAGACAUCUGCACCGCCAAGCCCCGCGACAUCCGCGUGAACCCCAUCUGCAUCUACCGCAACCCGGAGAAGAAGCCCCAGGAGGGGGAGGGACAAGAGCCAGCAAAGGACAAGAUCCCGGAGUCCACCAACCCCCGCGUCUGGGAGCUGUCAAAAGCCAACUCUCGGUUUGCUGUCGUCUUCUACAAGUACCUGGCUGACUCCAAGGACAAUGGGGAAAAUAUCUUCAUGUCACCCCUCAGCAUUUCCACAGCCUUCGCCAUGACCAAGCUCGGAGCCUGUGGCAGCACCCUCCAGCAGCUCAUGGAGGUCUUUCGAUUUGACACCAUUUCGGAGAAGACAUCAGAUCAGAUCCAUUUCUUCUUUGCCAAGCUGAACUGCCGCCUUUACAAGAAAGCAAACAAAUCCUCAGAGCUGGUAUCAGCCAACCGUCUCUUCGGGGAGAAAUCUUUGGUCUUUAAUGAGACUUACCAGAACAUCAGUGAGAUCGUUUAUGGAGCAAAACUCUGGCCCUUGAACUUCAAAGAGAAGCCAGAACUUUCCAGGCAGAUCAUUAAUGAGUGGGUGGCUAACAAGACAGAGAAGCGCAUUACAGAAGUGAUCCCAGAAAAUGGCAUUGAUGAUCUCACUGUCUUGGUCCUGGUCAACACCAUUUAUUUUAAGGGGCACUGGAAAUCGCAGUUCCCAGCUCCAAACACAAAACUGGAUGUAUUUCAUAAAGCCAAUGGUCAGACCUGCCAAGUCCCAACUAUGUACCAGGAGUCCAAAUUCCACUACGCAUUCAUCCCCCAGGACAAAGUCCAGGUGCUGGAGCUGCCUUACAAAGGGGACGAUAUCACGAUGCUGCUGGUCCUGCCCAGUGCUGGGACACCCCUGGAGGAGGUGGAGCGAAACCUGACAUCGGAGAAGCUGCAGGGCUGGAUAGAUUCCAUGAAGGAGAUGUCUCUCUUUGUCUACCUCCCUCGCUUCCGCGUCGAGGACAGCUUCAGUGUCAAGGAAAAGCUGAGGAAAAUGGGGCUGGAAGAUCUCUUCAGUCCAGAAAAUGCCAGACUCCCAGGUAUCAUUGCAGAGGGCCGCACAGACCUGUACGUGUCUGAAGCUUUCCACAAAGCCUUCCUUGAGGUGAAUGAAGAAGGCAGCGAGGCCUCAGCUGCUACAGCAGUCACCAUCUCUGGCCGUUCCUUCCCUAUGAACAGAAAAAUCUUCAAUGCCAACAGGCCCUUCCUGCUUUUCAUCCGGGAAGCUGCCCUCAACUCCAUCAUCUUCAUGGGCAGGAUAGCUGAUCCUUGCUCCUAAAGGGGCUGGUAGGGCCUCACUUCUCCCUCCUCUGCCUCGGGAAAAGGGGAGGUGGGGUAUUGCCACAAAGUGUGGGCUGCUCCUGGGGUGGUUGGUCUUUCUGUUUGGUGCCAGCUGCAGGGAGGGACUGCAUCCAGCUGGGCUGUCCCUGCUCCUCCCUGCCAUGUCAGGUGAGGGGCUCACAGGUCACCUCACUGUCCUGUCCUUUGUGGCAAGGAAAGCUGAAUUUCAUCUGGUACCAGUAUUUUGGUGGCACCCAAGUCCAGCAUUGCUGUCCUUCCUGUGCCCAACCCUCUGUAACUCUGAUCACUUGGUUCAUUAAAACCUAUAGAUCUGUAUGUAACAGACUGCUCUCUGAAUGCACAGCUUACACUGAGCCACUUCCUAGACUUAUUUAAAUUCUUCUUUUCCAACAAAUGGGGCUCCACACCAGAAAGGUGAGUGGGGCAGCAGCAGCCAUGAAACUUGUGCUGGCUGGGCAAGGAACAGCCUUCUGCAGCUCCGUGUGGGUGGAAGAGCUGCCAAAAGCUGUGCCCUGCUUGCCAGCAGCUCUGGUGUGUCCUGUGUGCCCAAGAGCUGAGAGUCACUAGUGGCAGCCUUGAACAGCCAAGGCUUUGAAAUUCUUUUUGAUUGCUAAGACUUCAUCUAACAGUUACUGUAGCAGCAGUGCCCAUGAACCACGACAGUGCCCAGGUAAGGAAACCAGUACCUGCAGCUUUAAUAGAAAUAAUUUAUUUCACCUGCAAGUUUACUCCAGGAGCUGAGGUCUCCUGGCCUGCUGCCAGUGAAAUAGCCACCUCUGUAAAGGCUUCUCUUGGCAGGAACUGCUAGAGCAGCCAAGCAGUGAGGGAGUUAACUUGGAUAGAGUGGUGUGCCAGAUCUUUGGUCACUGGGUCUCUAGAUUUGGAAGCUAUUAGGUGUUUGACUCUUUCCUGUUCCCAGUAGGAUUGUUUGAGCAUCUGUGCAAGCAGUGUGACUGGGACAUGGAGAGCCACCUCCUCCAUUGUCCCAUGGGCCAUGGCAAACUGUACACAUGUGAGAGGUGUCCUUCAGGGGCUCCUACAGGUACUCCCUGGGGCAGUACCUUGAAAGAAACUGUGAUGGGCUGGAACCCUGGGAGAAAAGGGGAAGCAUUUUGAAAAUAACCAAGAGUUCAGAAAGCAGCUCUUCCUCUCCGUGCCCUCCUCUGGCAGUUACCACUGUGGCUUUUCUUGCUGGAUCCCAUCUUCUGCCUGUGAACAUCACAGAGAGACACACAACCUCCUGUAAUCACUCCUUUGCCAGCUGUGCUCCAGGCUGUGGAGGUGAACACUGGUGAAAGAGGAGGGCUGAGGCACUGCCUGGGCCUCCCUAGCAUGGCACUGAACCAAAAUGCUUCCCCUGCCAUAGGCAACUGGGAAAACAUCCAAAGCUUGGCCUGCAGCAAGAGCACAAGGCUUGUUCCUCCUGGGGAGGCUGAAAAGGGCUGAGCCUGCUGAAAAGGUGAGACAAAACUCAGCCAAAAAGGACAGAAGCCAUAUGAGCUGCCAGGAACAGCAGCCUGGCACUGUGCAACUUCUCUCAAGCUGCUCAGCUUAAAAGAGUGUGGAGCUGCCCACAGCCAGGACCAGGCAGAAAAUCCACAUUGGGUAAGGACCAGUCAGCCAUAAGACACAGACAAGGAUCUGAGUAUUAAACCAUUUAAU